AACAGCGCGGGACUAUCAGUUGCAAAGGGACGCGUCCGGCACGCGAGGCUGCUAAUCCAGAAACGAGUAUACAAAAAUCCAUGGAACCCCAGGGUAAAUCUGCACCUGUCCCACCAGCUCCUGGGUACCCUGUUUCUGCAUACCCUGGAGCACAGCCGCCUUAUGGAUAUCCUCAGUACCCCCCUGGGCCUGGCCAGUAUGCCCCAGGGCCUGGCCAAUAUCCCCCUGGUUUUCCAGGUGCUCCAGGACAGCCACCCUACACAUUCCAGCCUGUUCAGCAAGCUUAUGGCGUUCCCCCAGUUGCAGGCCAACCUAAUGGACCUCCUGGUGCCAUGUGGAUGCCAGCACCACCUUCAAUUCCCAAUUGCCCUCCUGGAUUGGAAUAUUUAAGCCAGAUUGAUCAGAUAUUGAUUCAUCAGCAGAUUGAGCUCCUAGAAAUACUCACGGGCUUUGAAACAGCCAACAAAUAUGAAAUAAAAAAUGCAAUGGGGCAAAGGGUGUACUUUGCAGCUGAGGAAAAUGACUGCUGUACGAUGAACUGCUGCGGACCAUCCCGGCCAUUUACAAUGAAAAUCCUUGACAAUGUGGGUCAGGAAGUCAUCGAGCUCAGGCGACCUCUCAGGUGCUCCAGUUGUUGUUAUCCUUGCUGUUUGCAAGAGCUGGAAGUUCAUGCCCCACCAGGCACACCAGUUGGUUAUAUUAAACAGCUCUGGGAUCCCUGUCUACCUAAAUUUGCUAUCCAAAAUGAAGCCCAAGAAGAAAUACUGAGAGUCGUCGGGCCCUGCAUAGUAUGCAGCUGCUGUGAAGAUAUUAACUUUGAGGUCAAGUCAAGAGAUGAGAAAAACAGUGUCGGAAGAAUUUCCAAGCAGUGGACUGGCUUUGUGAGGGAGGCCUUUACAGAUGCAGACAACUUCGGAAUCCAGUUCCCACAAGACCUCGAUGUUAAAAUGAAAGCCGUCAUGAUUGGGGCUUGCUUCCUCAUAGAUUUCAUGUUUUUCGAACACAGUGGACAAAAUCGUCAGCAGCGAGCUGGGGUCUGGUAGCAGAGUUGAUUUCUGGAUUAUAAAUACUUCUGAGAAAGCCCUCAUGUCACUUCAAGUCUUGCCUCGCUAUCAAUGUCAAGCCUGCUUUGAAGGAUUCCCCUCUCCCCCACACACACACACAUUAAAACUACUUAUUUUUGUAUUGUGGUUGCAGCUUUCUCACCUGUGUUGGAAUAGUCCCAUUUAUUAGAGGCUGCUCAAUUCUUGAAAUAUAUACUGAUUUUAUUUUUUUAGUUUUUUAUAUAU